AUGGCCUUGACCGGUAAGGACCGCGCUGAUCUCACAUCAUAUAUUCAAUCUGCAGCAUCCGGACUCGACGCCCAGCUCCGCUCCAAGGUCCAGGUCUGGGCACCCGCACGAGCAAAGACACUCACCGAUAUUCCCCAACUUUUGGGGGCUGAAGCCAAGAACAAAGGUUUCGACAUGGACUUCAUAUUGCUCCGAAGUUGUGAAUACCUAUAUUACGGUGACAAGGGAGCUACCCGGGACCCCCCAGUAAUCCACCCCAAGUGCAGCAUGGUAAUUUUCACUAACGUUGGCGGAAGGAUUAAGGACACGAUCUGGCAGCUAGACGGUAGUCUGAGGCCCCUCGAGGAGCCUUGGAUCAAAUGGGAGGCCCUCGUCGUAAAUGAAGACCUUGGGGAGGGUGUCAGCAGAACUGUGUGGUCGACCAAGCCUCCCACAUCGGAGCAGAGGUUGCUCGACACACGAAAUACUCUGAAGUCUGAGCUGGGCUUUAGCUCAACUCAAAUUCGAUGGCUCCUUUAUGCGAGCGACUUCAAGGACCGUGAGACACUAGAGAAAGAUCUCCACGAAGCUGGGCCAAUUCUUGCUGGGGAGCUCAUUCUCAGGCUUCAUGACUGGGCUGAUCAGAAGAAUACCGUAUGCAGGUAG